UCCAAAGCAAGCAGAACUGACCGAGAGCGCGGCAUUACGACUUUUAAAAUCAUGGAAAUGGCGGCAUUCGUUCUCCUCCUCCCUCCCGCUCUCUCUCUACAAAUUCAAUAGGAGUCCACUCUCAGUUCUUCACACACACCCGCAUACCCACACAUAUAUUCUUCAUAAUCUUCUUCUGCGUUCUCUAAUUCUUAAACCCUAAUUCAUUUCCAAAACCCUAAACCCUUGAAUCAAAUCCCCAAAUGGGAGAGCAAGAAAACAGUGUUCCAACCAUCCGCUCAUCUAAGAAGCGACCCUUUGCUUCAACCGCCACAGCCAAUCAGUCUCAAUUGCCCGCCGGAACUAAGAAGCGAGUUCCAUUGGGCGACCUCACCAACUCCCCCGAUGUUGAUGGGUUGUCUCACAAUUCCGAUUUUGAGAGUACCCAGAAGCCCAAAUCCAAGUCCACGAAGACGAAGAAAAAGAAGGUUCAGGAGUCAGAUGGACUGGAGAUUGUUGCGAGUUUCGAUGAUCCCCAGAAGCGUGCUGAUACACCUCUUAUAUAUCAGCAUCUUCACUCCUUGGAGGUAGAGGAAAAGAGGAGACCCUUGCCCAAUUACAUGGAAAAGGUUCAAAAUGAUAUUAAUCAAACUAUGCGAGAUAUUCUAUUGGAUUGGUUGGUUGAGGUUGCGGAGGAAUACAAACUUGUCUCGGACACCCUUUAUCUCACUGUAUCCUACAUUGAUAGAUUCCUAUCUCAUCAUGCUGUAAGCAAGAACAAGCUUCAGCUUCUUGGUGUUUCUUGCAUGCUUGUUGCCUCCAAAUAUGAAGAGAUCAGUCCUCCCCAUGUUGAAGAUUUUUGCUAUAUAACAGAUAAUACUUAUACAAAGGAAGAGGUGGUGAAGAUGGAGCGAGAUGUCCUCAACUUUUUGAACUAUGAGAUGGGUACUCCCACAAUAAAAAAUUUUACGAGAAUUUUCACUAGAACUUUUCAAGAGAAUUGCAAUUUUGUCGAUUUGCAAAUGGAGUUUUUGGGUUGUUACCUUGCAGAGUUAAGUUUGUUAGAUUAUGGGUGUUUGCGGUUCUUGCCAUCAUUGGUUGCUGCUUCAGCCAUCUUUCUUUCUAGAUUCACAAUUGAACCUAAGAUACAUCCUUGGAACUUAGCACUGGAAAACUACUCAGGUUAUAGACCAUCAGAAUUGCAAGAAUGCGUCCUCGCCAUUCAUGAUUUGCAAUUGAGUGGAAGAGGAAUAUCUUUUGAAGCAGUAAGAGAUAAAUACAUGCAGCAUAAGUUCAAGUGUGUUACAGCUUUGUCUUCUCCCUCCGAAAUCCCUUUGAGUUAUUUCGAGGCCAUCUAUGAAUAAGCAUUGAUGAGAUUUCAAAGCAGUCAACCUCAAAUUUUUUUAAGAGAACUUAUGGAGUGGAAUGGAAUUUCCUCAUCUUAGAGAAUUGCUAGAAUAUCAAUGGAAGGCAUUGAUGGCUUACAUGUGAGAAUCUUGUUAUGUGGUACACAUGAUCAAUAAUUCUGGAUUUGGAAUAGGAUGUAGAUCGUAUUAAUAUCGCUCUGCUCAGAUAUAGUGUUUGUUAGUCCACGAUAAACAUGAGACAUAUUUGUAUAUCUCAGUAGUGAGAACAAAACAUCAAGUUUUUCAAGAUUUGUUGUUUUUUAAAUUUCUUUUUUUCAAAUGUAAGCAGUCCAGUAACUUCUAGAUGAUGUUCAGUUCCACAGCUGAGCUAGUGGUUGUGCAAGUCAUGACCUUUCAGUAUUAGCAAUCAUGUUUAAAUAAUAAUUUGGAGAUAGAUGGAUGGAUUGUUUUACUUUA